AUGGUAGUUCCCGAAACCGAUUUGCCCGGACAUGCCCAGGCAAUUGUAGCUGCUUAUCCGGAGUCUAGCAAUAAGGAUGCAAUCUCUGGAACACCGCGGGUCAUGGAGACCUGGGGCGUAUCAGACUAUGUCCUGGCCCCAAAUGACAGGACGUUUACAUUUGUGUCAGAUUUGGUGAGUGAAGUGUCAACACUGAUUAAGUCCGAUUACUACCAUGUGGGUGGUGAUGAAGUCUCCAGCAAGCAGUGGGACAGCUCCCCGAGCGCACAGUUAUUUGAGCAAGAGAACAACAUGGGCUCAGCUAGGCAGAUUGCCGGUACUUUCACCAAGAAAGCUAUCGAAGCUGCCAACCGUAUGGGGCGAUCAGGUGUUGUUUGGGAUGAAGCCCUGUCCACUGGAGUCCCAUUGCCGGAGCGCAGUGUGGUCAUGAUCUGGCGGGAUUGGGACAACGUUCCUUCGAAGCUUCACGUGGCGAGCCGAAGUGGAUUGCCAGUGGUCAUGUGCCCGCACAGCGCCACAUACUUGGAUUUUGCCCAGGGGCCAUCGGACCCCUAUGAGUCUCAGCAAGGUGUUGUGGAUCUAAAGAAAGUUUACAGCAUGCCCCUGGAUGGAUACGGCGCCAAUGUGCUCGGAGGUCAAGGACAGCUGUGGAGUGAGUACAUCAGUCAUGGGCUGGGCGAUCUGGACUUCAAGGCAUGGCCACGUGGAGCCGCGAUCGCAGAGGCCACCUGGUGCGACAAGCGCCGUCCAGGUUUCAGCGACUUCAAAAGGCGGGUCAAAGCCAGAGCCUCCGACUUCAAAGAGAUGGGCAUCGAGCUGCAAAUCAGCUGA